UGCCAAAAUUCAAUUUUAUUCCGAUCAAGUUUUUAUUUUCCAAUUCGCUUCGAAGUUCUCUCAUCCAUCUCCUGGUUCGAUUCAAUCUCAUCGUUUGAAAACCCUAAUUUUGUUUGGUAAGAUUAAGCCAUGGGAGGUCACGGUGGUUUGAAUAUUCUUCCACAGAAGAGGUGGAACGUUUACAACUUCGACAAUCGAGAAAAAGUCCGAAAGGAGGAAGAAGCUGCCGCUAGAGAAGAGCAGAUCAAACGCGAGGAAGCUAGAAAACGAGAUGCUGAAUCUCGUCUCGAAGUGCUUCGUAACGUCCGUGGCUUGGCGCCUCUCAAACGAGCGUCUCCGGAGGCAGAGAAGGGUAAGGAUGAAGCGGUGGUGGCGGCGGCUGUUGUUAAAUCGACUGCUGUUGUUGUGGAGAGUGUUGAAUCGGAGGAGCCUAAGACGGGUCAUAUUAAUCUGUUCGAAGGGAUUAGGAUUUUUGAUCCGAUUGAGAUCAAGAAGAAUGAUAAGCCUGCGGAUGAGGAAGAUCAGAGAAGGAAGAAGAUGAGGAAAGAAGCGGCUGCAACGGCGAGAGCCUCUGCGAAAGAUGCUGCUGCGAGAGCUGGUGAUCCUGAUGAGGAGAAGUAUAGAUUGGGAUAUGGAGUUGCUGGUAAAGGUGUGAAGCGUCCUUGGUACCUUGAGAAACGUAACGAUGAAAAUGAUAGUGUUCGAGGUGAGGAUGAUGAUGGUGGAUGUGGUGGUUAUGAAGCUAAGAAGAAGAAGAUGAGUGGGAAGAAGAGCUUAAAGGAGUUGAGGGAAGAAAGGUUGAAGAGGGAGAGGGUUGAGAAGGAAAGAGAGAGAGCCCUUUUCAUGAAACAGAGCCAGAGAGCCGGUGGUUUUUCCCGGAGGCGGUGAUUAAAUCACAAAGAUAACAAAGAAGACUUAAUCUAGAGAUUCAAAGGUGGUUCCACGUCUGAAAAGCCCUUUUUAAUCUAUAUGUGUGUGUAUAGAGAAUUAGAGAUGUUUCAACAGAUAGAAAAGUGGAAAGGAUGUGUAUUGAGUUUGAUGGUGGAAAUCAUUUGUCAUUGCGUCAUGCUCAAAGAGUUAUGUGGCCUUAAAUUUGAUACUCAUAG